GUUUCUCACUGCUGAUGUUUACGUUAGUUUUAGACUACUUUUUUAGAUUUUAGAAAUGAACAUCUGAUCACCAGUAGGCCAAUAAAAAAGAAGUAUUUAGAUUAAUCACUCCUUUUAUGAUGGAAUUAAAAUUGAAUAUAAUUAAAGUUAGAUUUUGCAGUGGUUAAGAUAAUAUAAUCAAAAGUAUUAAUCAUCAUUUACGUCAAAAAUUCAUUUGACACAUAACGGCACUAAUCUUAAAAAAGAUGGUAGAGGAUAAAGACCACAUGAUUGGUAGUCGAAUAUUGUGUGAUGGAUAUUGUGGUACAUUAAAAUAUGUUGGUCCAGUAGAAAAUACAAAGGGAAUUUGGUUGGGUAUUGAUUGGGAUGAUUUUUCUCGUGGAAAGCACGGUGGAACUUACAAAGAUGUGGAAUAUUUCAAAACAUGGCAUCCAAACUCAGGGUCUUUUGUACGCUUAGAAAAAGUGAAAUUUGGAAUAUCUUGUCCUGAUGCCAUUAAAAUGAAAUAUGGUCUGGUCAACGACGAUUUAGCUGGUAUUGACAGAAACAAAUUGUCUAGUUUACAGAAAGAAAUAAAUGCACCUUUCAUGGAAAUGGUUGGAUUUUCAAAAGUAAACAAGAAACAAAGUAAAUUUGAAAAUUUAGAAGUAGUUUGUUUGAGGGGAGAAUGUGUUAGCAAUGCUGGAGAUCCCGAUGAAUUAAUUAAAUUGUCACCUAAUAUAACCGAAUUAGAUUUAUCAAAAAAUUUAAUCUGUUCGUGGAAGGCAGUUGCUGAAAUAGUCUCUCAACUAGUUCAUUUAAAAAGGCUCAAUGUUAGUGAAAAUAAUUUAAUUGUUGAUGAAGAAGAGUUGAAUGAAUUAAAACAUGCCUUUACAUCUGUAACUGAUUUAACGAUGACGAAAAUGAAUUAUACCUCAAAUGAUGUUAAUCAUUGUAUAAAUAUAUUUCCUGGCUUAAAAAUUCUUUCUGUUUCUUUUAAUUUGAUAAAAGAACUUCAAGAAUUUAACUGUAUGAAAUUAACUAGUUUAACCUUAGAGGAAAAUGAGAUUCACUGUUGGGAUGAAAUUUUAAAACUGGGAUGUUUACCAUGCUUAGAAUCCAUUAAUCUGAAUUGUAACAAACUACUGUUCAUAAGAUUUCCCAUUGAAAAUUCAAAUGAAAAAACCAACUACUUUUCAGUCUUGAAACAAAUGCAUAUAUCUAAUAAUAAUAUAUCAGAGUGGAAUUCAGUAAGUGAAUUGGACAAAUUAAAAUGUUUAGAAGAUUUAAAAUUUAGAGAAAAUCCAAUUCUAAGGAAGGAAAGUUUUGAAACAACACGACAAUUAAUAAUAGCUAGGAUAUCAAAUUUGAAAUUGUUAAAUAGUACAGAAAUUUUCUACACAGAAAGAUCAGGAGCCGAAAAUGAUUAUUUAAAAAUGUUUGCUAAAGAAUGGAUUGAAUCGGAAAAUGAUUCUGAAAAGAGAAUUAAGUUCUUAAACAAUCAUCCUAGAUAUCCAGCUUUAGUUCAAAAAUAUGGAGUAGCGGACAUUCCUACCUCAAAAACAGACAUGGCAAUGAUUUCCAAUGUUAUUUCUGUUGAAUUUGCAUGUCCUGAUGAUCCAGCACAGUCGAAAGGAAUAAAAAGAAAACUAUUGAAAGAUAUGGAUGUGCAAAAAGUAACUGGUCUUGCUCAAAGACUUUUUAAAACUUGCGGAAAAAUACCAACUCUUUCUUUUGUCCAACAAGAAUUAUCAAAAGUAGAGAUACCUCUCGAUAAACCUCUUCAAAAACUCAGCUAUUAUUCGAUUCAAGAUGGAGAUCACAUUCUUGUGAGGUGGUGAAGAUUAAAACAUACUAUAAUCAUAUCUCUUUUGUACUUUACUAUAUGCUCAAUAAAAAUUCUUUUAUAAAUAAGGUA